AUGUUGGCACUUUUAUUUUCACUAUUCCUGCUCUUCCCAUAUUCCCAGUCAGAUUUUAUGGCCGAUUUGAGGAAAACUAUUAAAUUUUAUCGAUGCGCACCUGAAUGUAUAUUCAAACACGCUGAGGUCACAUCGAAAACUAUCGGUUUUUUUCCAGAAUGCGAAGAGAUUUGUGGGAUUUUGAAUUUCAAUUCGAAUUUAGAUUUGUCAGAGGAGCAGCUGAAAGUGGCGUUCAAGAAGAUGCAUGUGUUGAAUGGAGGCGUUCGGAUUGAGAAUACGAAGCUGAAAAAUUUGAAUUUUUUCACAGUGAAUAAGGAGCAACAGUUGUUUGGGCUGGAUUGUUAUACAGGCUGUGCUGAACAUUCCUGUCAAGUUCUUCUUGGCGGACUUACACUCGUUAACACCACUGCAGCCUCCCCAUCAUUAGCCAGUAUCAGAGAAACCAGAGGAGACAUUUUGAUUCAAGACACAAACUUGCAGAAUUUAUCCUUCAUGAAAAAUUGGGAAAUUUUGAAAAUCAGUGACGAUGGUUACACGAAUCAUAUUGCGAUAAAUAUCAAGAAUAACUAUGAGAUGACAAGGCUUGGUAUUUCAUCGGUGAAGCACAUCAUCACCAGAAGCCAAUUAUACGUUGUUGUCCAUGACAACCAUCCUAAAUUAGUACGCGAUAACUAUCUUUCGUUAUUCGAUGCGUUUUUCACCCUAGUGGAAUUUUAUGGAGGCGGAUGGGGUGGUUUGAGACUUGUGAACACAUCGGUGUCUGCUGAAAUUAAUAAUUUAUCAAAUGUCAAAACCAUUAUCGGAGGAAUUGAGAUAUCGUAUACUAAUCUGGAUAAUUUGGAAUUUUUGAGGAGUGUGAAGGAAGUGAAGUUUGAAGAUAUUAUGGAUAAGACAGGGAUUAAUGUUAAUAUUCAUCAUAAUCCGGAGAUGAAAUAUUUGGGAUUAAAAGCGGUUAAGAAACUCACCACCUACAACACCUUCACAAUGAAUUUGGAAUCUCUUCACCCAGAUUUCUGUAUUUCUAUCCCUGAGAUGGUUGUAUUCCUCAACUCUUUUGUCAUAUUCCGAUAUCUAGAUGCCAAAUUAUGCGAUAUCAGCCAAUCAGAUACUCCGAAAACGUGUCAAUUCCACGAAUUGAGCAGUUUGGAGUCUGAUUGUGUAUAUAUUAUCGGUGAUUUACUGAUUGAUAGUGGUGAUGAGGGAUAUGUAGAAAAGUUGAAAAACCUGACAGUUAUUUUCGGGUCAUUGACGAUACAGAAUACUAAUUUGGUGGAUUUUAAGUUUUUGGGAAAGUUAAGAAAGAUCGCUAACUUGAAUGAUCAAAUUCCAGUGAUUCAACUAAUCAAUAAUCGGAACUUAAAGACAAUAGAGCACUUGAAAAUUAAGCUGAUGAGAAAUCGAACAAUUGUUUGCCCAUUCGAUCGAAAAGUGACUGUUGUUGGAAAUAGAGCCGAUUUGCUGCCCAAGAACUAUGCCGUUUUGGAGAUUAUGGAAAACGUUUCAACCUGGGAGAAUAGUCAGAAAAGUGGCGUCGUGGACAAUAAGCAUGGGCCAACUAGUUCUUCCGUUGAAGAUUUAGAUGUCACUGGCGGGGAGGUUCCAGCUGUUCCAGAAGAAGGUACAGGUGUCUCAAAUCAGGAAACCGCUGUGUUAGACGAGGAAGCUUCAUCUAUGCCUGUUGAUGUUCCAGCUCUACCAGAGGAGGCUCCAGCUAUGCCAGAAGCAGUUCCAGAAGCUAACACAGAUGAGGCUCCCGCUAACACAGAUGGUUUGGACCGAACAGUCCGAAAUCAAGUUCCAGCUCUUCCAGUGGAAGCUCGAGCUCUCCCAGCGGAUGUUCCAGUGACUCGCACAGAUGAUGCUCCAAGUAUGCGAGAAGAAGCUCAGUCUUUGCCAGAAGAUGCUCCAGAUCUCCCAGUGGAAGUUCCAGCUCCAGCUCUUCCAGAAGAAACUUCAGCUCCCUCAAAUAGGGUCCCAGCUCACGAAGCUCAAACAAGCACAUCAGAAGAGACUCUGGUUAGUCAUUCUGAUGGUGUUCCCCUCAAUGAAAAUCUAGCAGCAGGGACUACAACUGUCUUGAAUCAGGUUCCAGCUCUCCCAGAGGAAACUCCAGCUCCUUCAGAGGAUGUCCCAGUGGCUAGCACAGAUACGGCUCCCUCUCACACGGUUGGUGUGGACCGAGCAGUCCGAAAUCCAACUGAGGUGGAAUCACUUGAAUUUCCGGUUGGUACAGAAUCCGAAUAUUCAGAUGAAGGUUCGGAUGACGAAGAAUCCUCCGACUCCGACGCCGAUGCUGAGCUUCUAGAAAUAGCGAUCACCCUGUCUAUCCUUGACAUGAACAAAACCAACCAGAUUAAUAAUUGA